AUGAAACACCUUUUGGACCAGGGACUUGGCACAAAAACGAAACAAGCUGAUCCAGUAUCUAACGAAGACGAAGAGAAAUUGUGGGAAAAAGGUGUUUUCGGAAUGAAAAAUUCUAAAAGUUUGCAGUACACCGUCUUUUUCUACGCAUGUAAAUUAUUUGGGCUACGAGGAAGAGACGAACACCGAAAUCUUCAGUGUAACCAGUUUGAAAUUGGCGAAGACGACGGUGGACGAUUUAUAAGAUUUAUUGGUCGAGGCUCAAAAACAUACCAUGGUCAACGAUGUAUGGCGACUCAUUUGGAGACUUAUUUGAAUGCCCUUGGAAACGAUGGAGAUUUUUAUAGACGACCGCUGCCGUCAACACAGAGUGGAACUAUAAGAUACGGGUACCAGCCUGUUGGUAUAAAUACACUCAACAAAUUCAUGAAGGAAAUAGCUGAAAAGGGGUCAUUACAGGGAAGUUUUACUAAUCAUAGUGGAAAACGCACGUGUGCAACAACUAUGUAUACUACAGGAAUUGAUGAGUAG